UUCUCAUCUCGUCAAGUUAAAUUUUUAAAUCGUCUUGAUACUUUUGAGAAGAAAAAUUGUUUUAUGCGCGAUGACUUUUCUCGAGUCUAUGUAUGAUUGUUGCUACGCAAUUUGAUUGUAUGUGUCAUAUAUUCCAAACAGGUCUGGAUAUGGUACUCAUAUGAACUUCGUUAUCUAAGGUAGUUAUCCUCAUUUCCUGAGAUCAGAAUAUAAAACAAGUCAUUUUUUGGACAGGCAUGAGCUAAACGUCUGUUAAAAGCCAUUAUUACUGAUUUGGAAUGGGUGUACGAAAUUUUACGUUCAUAAUUUUGCCUUGUAUAAUUUUUUGAAAGAGCCUUCUGAUUUCAACAAUACAUUUUGAAUAUUUCGUUGGUUGGUAUGACAUAAACGGCACUUUAAAGUCGGUAUUACUUGUAAAAAAUAAGAACCAGUUAAUCUCACGACCAUAUUUGACUUAUUGUCUGAUUGUCAAGCAAAAAGACAAAAAUUUUAAAUAGCCGUUUUUAAUAUACGUCUCACAGGAAGAAGCUUUACGUUAUGUUAAAAUCAAAUUUAGAACAUUUAGACGGUUGGAAUGACAUAAACGUUCAAAGACAAUAUCAAGAUGGUAAGAUCAAGAUAAUCCUUAUUUGUUGAAAACCGAAAUAAUUUACGUCCUAAUAUCGUUAACGAUAGUUUUGGGAACAAAAGUGGCUUGAAGUCAAUCAAGGAGGCUUUAAACAGAACCAAAUUUGUAAUAAUACUGCUCUUGAGAAUCAAUAAACAAUUCCAAGUUAUUUUUCAAACGGGGAUUUUUGGGAGGAUAAGAUGAGAUAUUGUUAGUUUAGUCGUGAUAAUCAUAAUUUAUUUUGGUUUUGAAAUGCAACUGAUUGUAAAUAAGUUGAAUUUAUCAAGCAAGUUUAUCAAAACUAUGUAAAACAAUUCUUAAGAUUCACGUAAACCUAAUCACGUAACCACAUGAGGGAAUGUAUGGGGGUUGAUCGAUGCGCGUACCAUCCUGUACCAUCAACCCUACUGACCCGGUUCUUACGGUCCCUGAUCAACACGCCUCUGUUCUUUCUCGUCUAAAAUGGGCGCCGCAUGGUGCAGCGGUGCUUCCGUCAACGCCGGGACGGUAUUGGACCGGGUCAUCUCCCAGGCGUCGAACAAAGACGAGUGCCUCCUCUACAGGCUGGCCAACUACAAGAAAGGAGGAGAGCUCGUCGACGCUUACAACACGGGAGGACAGGCCGAAGUGGAAAAGCUCAUAAAGGAACAAUUCGGCGUCCUCAUGUACAACGACGGAAAAGGCACGGUUAUAAACCGGGCCGAGUAUCUCAGAUGGAAAUUCCGCGAUGUGAAGCAGGUUCAGAUACCGAUAGAAGCGUCUCUCAGCACCCAGGACCCCCUUUCGAAAUGGGAGGACCACCAGGCUUGCUGGCAGAUGCAGUACAGAGGCUCCCUGGGUGAAACUUUGCUCCACGUCCUUAUAAUCUGCGACACCAAGAUCCACACGAGACUGGCGAGGACUUUGCUUAAAUGCUUUCCCAACUUGGCGAUCGACGUUGUGGAAGGCGAAGAAUAUCUUGGUGCAAGUGCCCUUCAUCUAGCCAUAGCCUACUUCAAUAACGAACUUGUUCAGGAUUUGGUAGAAGCAGGGGCCAACGUGGAACAGAGGGCCAUUGGAAGUUUCUUCCUUCCAAGAGACCAGCAAGGCCCUAGGCCGAAGAAGAACACCGACUACGAAGGACUUGCUUACCUUGGAGAAUACCCCUUGGCGUGGGCUGCUUGCUGCGCGAACGAGAGCGUCUACAAUCUUUUACUGGACAGCAACGCCAAUCCAGACAAAAGGGACAAAUUUGGAAACAUGAUUUUACACAUGGUCGUCGUUUGCGAUAAACUGGAUAUGUUUGGCUAUGCUUUGAGACAUCCUAAAAUGCCGGCAAGCAACGGAAUAGCAAACGACGCUGGUCUAACACCUUUGACACUAGCUUGCAAACUUGGCAGGGCAGAUGUAUUCAAGGAGAUGUUGGAGUUAAGUGCCAGGGAGUUUUGGCGCUACAGUAACAUAACAUGUUCUGCAUAUCCGCUCAACGCUUUGGACACGUUACAGCCCGAUGGAAGGACAAACUGGAAUUCAGCCCUGUUCAUAAUACUUAACGGAACUAAAGAAGAGCAUCUGGACAUGCUAGAUGGAGGUAUCAUACAAAGGCUUUUAGAAGAAAAGUGGAAGACUUUUGCAAGGAGGCAGUUUCUGAAACGUCUUCUGAUUCUGAUUCUUCACCUGGUACUUCUGAGCGGAGCCGUUUACUUGAGGCCGACUGAUCGAAACAAGCCGCUUUUAGGAGGCAACGACUGGCAGGAUUAUAUCCGGCAGGGGUUCGAAUUCGGAACCAUACUCGGCGUCCUGUCCUACCUGGUCGUACAGCAAGGCGGGGAGAUCAAAAACCAAGGGCUCUGGUCCUAUCUAAAACAACAGGAUCCGGCUAAAGCAAUAUUUUUGGUUUCCAACCUUCUGAUCCUCGCUUGCAUACCGUUCAGACUAUCCGGGGAUAAAAAUACCGAAGAGGCUAUCUUAAUAUUCGCCGUUCCUGGCUCUUGGUUCCUUCUUAUGUUUUUUGCAGGGGCGGUACGUUUGACAGGACCUUUUGUCACGAUGGUGUACAGCAUGAUUACAGGAGACAUGUUCACAUUCGGCAUUAUUUACAUGGUUGUGCUAUUCGGGUUUUCUCAGUCGUUUUUCUUUCUCUACAAAGGAUUUCCCGGCGUGAAAAACACAUUGUACAGCUCGUACCCGAGCACGUGGAUGGCUCUUUUUCAGAUAACCCUCGGAGACUAUAACUACGCUGAACUUUCUCAUACGACGUACCCAACCUUGGCUAAGACGGUUUUCACUAUAUUCAUGAUCUUGGUGCCGAUUCUUCUGCUAAACAUGUUGAUCGCGAUGAUGGGCAAUACCUACGCGCACGUCAUCGAACAAAGCGAAAAAGAAUGGAUGAAACAGUGGGCGAAAAUCGUCGUCUCUUUGGAAAGGGCUGUAAACCAAGAAGACGCCAAACACUAUCUUCAGGAGUACAGCAUCAAACUCGGUCCCGGUGAUGACCCGGCGACGGAACAGAGGGGCGUCAUGGUCAUCAAGAGCAAGAGCAAGACGAGAGCCAAACAGAGGAAAGGAGCAGUCACAAACUGGAAACGUGUAGGAAAAGUAACAAUCAAUGAACUCAGGAAAAGAGGGAUGACCGGCGAACAGCUCAGGAGGAUUAUGUGGGACAGGGCGUCCAUAUCCACCCCGAUCAAACUACCUCCCAAUGCUGCCGUGGAUGUGUUAAUGGACAGCGCCAACCCGGAUCAAGCUAACGACCAGGCCCCGGUCGCUUUCGGCGGUCUCACGGCGGCUUUGGACGUUAUGGCUUUCACCCAUGACCUAGACCUGACGGCAUCCGCAGGAGCGAACAGUUCAAGCUCAAGAGAAAUCAUUGUGAGUGAUCCUUUCAGAGACCUCAUCCUGACAGAAGAAAUCGGCGCUACGGAGGACGAUCUCAUGACUUUGGCAGAAGCAGCCGUCCUUUCGGUUUGCGAGGGUAAGGAAAGUCUGAGGGAUAAGGACAGCUUAGAAAAACAAAAGAUGGCUAAACAGUUUAGCAUGGAACAGUCAGCAGCGCUAUUGGCUAGCGACAGUGACGUACUUGCGGAAGAACCACCUCUUGGCCACGGUUCGAGGGCGAGGAAAGUAAAGUCGGCCCAGCAGCGGCAGAGGGCUGAAAACGGCGGAUCCGAUACGAUGAUCGGUUGGAUAUACAGAAACGGUGACACGAGCGCGUCGUCCUUCGAAGACCCACCUCCGCCUUACACGUCGCUCCCGUCUGCGCCACCUCUCCUCAAGAGGAAAUCGACAAAACGUCCCAAAACGGCGAAACCAAACAGGGUCGCCCCAGCGCCGGAAAUGCCGCUUCGCCCUGGCAGCUCGGCUGUUUUAGGCAGUGUCGAAAAGAAACCGGAAUCGCCUCCGGAUCCCCUGGAGCCCUGGAGCACACGGGAGAUCGCCAAUAUGAAUACAAUAUUAGCGUGGCAGCCGUCUGACAUGGACAGCAUGUAGCAAUCUAAAUUUUACAAAAUAAAAUACAUAAAAACUUUA